GUCUGCAUUUAUGACCGUUCUUUCAAUCAGAAAUACUAAAGCGCAUUUAAAUUGGCUCCCUGGAAAAGAUACUGCUUUUAAGCACAAAUUUUAUGACAGGCUUGUGGUCUGGAUCAGUCCUGCAGCUUCAUGUUAGUCUGUUUUAUCCAUCACAAGAAACAGUUUGUUGUGUGUUUGAGCUCAUUUUUCCUGUUGGAGCAUCCAACCGUGUCCAGGUUUCAUCCGUCUAAUCCAGACUGUUACCGUCAGAUGAAUGAAAAUUGGAACUGGAAGUUACUGGGAACAUCAGUUUCAGCGUCUACACUGGUAAAUCAAUUGUAACAUCAACAUGAACCGAGAUUAAGACCUAGAAAUUUGUGACGUUUACCACACUGACAAUUAAGACAACUGUGUUAGAGAAAUGUUUUAUGCAGACAAAGACUCAGCUGUUUGCACCACAAUGACAGAAAAGAGAUUGGAGGAGUUGUAAUGGGCCUGUUUGACAGAACGUCGUCAUACAAAAACAUCAGAGGAGAGGUUGUGGAGAGGAAACUCCUGAAGAACAAGAUGGAGUUCCAUCCACCUCCACCUCCGACGUCUGUCAAAGGAGGACUGCCAAGCAUGAUGUCAUUUUUCACCACUCCAGUCUUCUUCUGGCGCCCGGUUGGUGUGAUGCAAGCUAAGAUCCGCUGCCCCAACUCCAACUGCCCCGCACCACCGGGCGAAUUCCUGGAGAAGAAAGGCUUCGGCAGCUACGCCAGGCAGGUGUGUGGCAUGACCAACAGCUACACCCUGUUGACGGAGAAGCUGAGGUGUCCGUACUGCGAAAAGGUGAGGCGGGUGGCGAGCGAGCCGCACGGUGACACCGAAGACGUGGGUGGUUGUCAUGAGCAGCAGUACAUCUGGCUGGCGCACAGUCCCAAGAUCCUGAUGAAUCUGGCUCCGGCUGUCAGAAGCAUGUUUCCCGCCAUACUGUGUGGAAAGCGGGCUGUAGACAAGGGCGUGGUCACUCUCCUGAACGACCGGGUCAACAGCAUCUCAAUGAGCAAGGUGCAGAGGCUGCUGCAGCAGGGCCACGACGAGUGGUAUGUGGAGCGACGCGACCUGUACCAGACGCUGCUGUAUGAAGCCUAUGUCGCUGGAGACUUGUCGUCUCAGAAGAGCAUUCUGCCCUUCGCGAAGGCCGCUGGUACCUACACGCCUCCUCCGCCCCGCACCCCGCUGCCCUGCGCCCGUGUGCUGAGGCGAGCGCACAUGAUCAUGGAGAUGGAGAAGAUGCCCGUGUACAGAGCCUCGAUCCUCAGUGUGACAGGAGAAAUCCUCUGCAUUGACGGAACCAAAAAGGUCCUCAAGAAGAUAUAUGGCGACGGCCAGGGCACCAUGCAGUACGUCACCAGCGUGCUGAACCAGUGGGGCCAGUUCCUGACCACAGUGGUGGUAGCAGCAGAGUCUGAGGGCUGCUACAGGCGCAUGGCCAAAGGUCUGAUGGCCCGCUUUGACCGAGCUGGAGCUCCUGUCCUCGAAUCCAACUUUGUUGCUCCGAUGCCCUACCCUGCUGAGUACAAAGACCCAGACGAGGAAGAGCUUCUUGGGGUGGAGUACGCCAUGUAUCAGUCGACCAGCUUUGCUGCAAAAGAUUACUACGCCCAGCAAGUUGAAAAAGAGCAGAGCUGUGACGAAGAGAAGACGGCUGAACAGAGCGAUGAAGAGGAGGAGCUGGCAGAUGAAGGUGUGGACAUGCGCGGAGAGUCAGAGGAGGAUCCGAUGGACGCCGUCAGUGGGAAACACGCCAUCCUCACUCGGUCAGAGCAGGUGGAGGAAGAGGACAGCCCUGCCCUGCAGGAUGUCCUCAUGACUGAGAGCCACCUGCAGCUUCCUGGGCUGCAGGAAGUGGAAGACUUGGCCUUGCUCCUUCUCCAGCUGGCCGAUGACACAGACCGUCACCUGGUGCCGGCCGACCUCAGGGUGAAGAUUGCCUCCGCGGUCGGUGCUUUGCAUGAGCAUGACAGGUCAGCUGCCAACUUUGUCAAACAAUAUGAAUCUCGGUGGGGCUACACCCUGUUUGGCCGAUGCCUGGGAGCCGACACACCUGAGACCAGAGCGGCCCAAAAGACAAAGUUUUCUUGGAUGAGGUACCCUCAGGCGGCACGUGUUACUGAAGACAGCCGUCUGUUGUACCUCAUCAUUAAGAUGCUCAAGAACCGGCCGCCGGCCUGUCGUCUCACCUCCCCCGCCAAGAUUACCACAGCGAUCAAAGGGCAGUACAAACGUAUUGUAGACCGAGUCAGAGACGACGCCAUCCUCAACAGUCUCUCCAUUCCUUUACCCAACUUGAACUCAAAAUCCAUCUCCACCUUCAUUGCACGGGAGGAGAAGAAGGCUAACUUCAAGGCGACUGUCAUCCCUAAGGUGAAGCUCCACCGCAGAGUGCUGUCUGACGCACCAAUGCCAGCCGCUCCAACGCUCCCUGCUUCCCUGCCAGCUCCAAGCCGACCUCAGGUCCAGUACCUGAGCCUUCCUCAUGUGGCUGGGGAAAGGCAUGGCCAGAAGCAGAGGUUAGGAGAACCACGGCGGAACAUCCAGCCCAAACCCCCGGUGGCCACUUACAUCCCCCCCAGAUUGUCUGCAGCCCCGGUCCUGCUCGUGGUUCCUGCUCAGCCACAGGCGCCGUCCAUGAUGCUCUGCGGAACCUUCAGCGGCCAGAGCUUCGGUUAG